AUGAGAAAUUUUGAAAAAGAUGUUCCUGGGGGCAAAAACGAACCCAGAUACGAGAAAAUAUUGAUGUCCGAUGUGGUCGUGACGAAGAAGAGGAGCCUAUUCAGAGGUGGUACAUGGAGGUCCUUGGACAUCAAAAUGGCUCUUUGGUUCUUAACCAUUCAUUUGUUGACAUUAUUUGCACCAUUUACGUUUACUUGGGGUGCUUUUUGGACAGCAUUUGUGGGCUAUGUGUUGAGCACGAUGUUUGGUAUAAGUAUAUCUUAUCAUAGAAAUCUAGCACACCGUAGUUUCAAGUUGCCCAAAUGGCUCGAAUACUCGUUCGCCUAUAUAGGGGUUCAAACUGCUCAGAGGGAUCCAAUAUAUUGGGUGAGCAUUCAUAGAUACCAUCAUCAAUAUGUUGAUAAAAACAAAGAUGCACACUCUCCCAUAUAUGGAUUAUGGUUCAGUCAUAUGGGUUGGCUCUUUGAUAGCUCCAUCAUUAUGGAAAAUUAUCAAAAACGUAGCAAUGUCGAAGAUCUAAAAAGCCAAUCAUUCUAUAGAUUCAUCAAAAGAACUUAUGUUUGGCAUGUACUUGGAUUUGCCGCCAUCGUGUACGCUCUUGGCGGAUUUCCGUACCUUGUUUGGGUCAUAGGUGUGAGACUCACUUGUACUUACCAUGUGAUAUUUAUGGUGAACUCGGUUUGUCACACAUGGAGAAAGCGAUCAUGGAAAAGUACAGAUCUAUCCAAGAACAACUGGUGGAUGGCAAUACUUAGUUUUGGAGAAGGGUGGCAUAACAAUCAUCAUGCAUUUGAGUCUUCAGCUAAAUUUGGAUUAGAAUGGUGGCAGUUUGACUUUGGUUGGUGUGUGAUACGGUUUCUUGAAGCAUUAGGGUUAGCCACCAAUGUUAAGCUACCAACCGAGGCUCAGAAGCUUAAGAAGUCCCUCACUUCGACCGACGGAUGAUCCCGUAGCUUUGGUGCUCCGACGUCCAUUGGCAACCAAA